UCUGGCCUUGACGUGUAGCGCGGUGCUGCUGCUGUGUGCGGGCUGUAGGAACUAGAUAAACUAUAAACUAGCAACACUGAACCCGUCCGACAUUCCGGUCACUAAACUGGGAACCGUUAGAGCGGAGCUGAGCCACCAUGCUGCAAUGUAGGACUGUAUGGAAAAAGCUUGCUCCUCUUGCUAGAGCCUCGUCCACUGUGUGCCGGCAGAAUUUGAGAAGAGCAGGGUUGAACAACUGCAGAAUACCAGCAUGUGUUCCUGCGGCUCACAUGUCCACUGGGCCUGCAGGGGGAGGAAGGCAAAACCAGCUGUACGCCCUCUUGGUCGGAGCAGCCGGCCUUGGUGGAUCGAUAUAUGCAUACCAAACUGUCAAAGGAGACAAUAAAAGAUAUCAGGAGCGUCUUGAUGAAAUUGCAUCAAGACCAUACAAACAGGCCACAGAAGAAGCAGCUGUACCCACCCAGACAGAUGCUCCUGCUGUCUCUGAGCCAGAAGCAGCACCUUCACCAAAGGAGUCGAGCCCUGCGGAAAAGACUCAACUUCCCACAGCAGAGGAGCCUGUGUUAGAAGCACCUCCAGAAGAAGCAGCAGUACCACCUGCUGCACCUGUAGUUGAGGAGGGAGUGGCCUCUGAACCUGCCCUAACCAAGAUCCCCUCACAUGCCCCCUAUCUCCUUAUUGGUGGAGGUACUGCCUCUUUUGCUGCAGCCCGGUCCAUUCGAGCCAGAGACCCCGGUGCCAAGGUAUUGAUUGUAACUGAUGAGGCAGACCUUCCAUACAUGAGACCACCUCUUUCCAAGGAACUGUGGUUCUCUGACGACUCCAGUGUGACGGAAACACUGCGUUUCAAACAGUGGAAUGGAAAGGAAAGAAGUAUCUACUUCCAGCCUCCAUCAUUCUACAUUGAUCCUAAAGAAUUGGAAAGUACAGAGAAUGGGGGAGUGGCGGUUCUUAGUGGCAAAAAGGUGGUUCACAUGGAUGUCAGAGGAAACAAAGUUAAACUGGAUGAUGAUACUGAGAUUUCAUAUGACAAGUGCUUGAUUGCUACCGGCGGUGUGCCAAGAAAUCUGCAGGUCAUUGAAAGAGCAGGAGAUGAGGUGAUGAAGAGGACAACUUUGUUCCGCAAGAUCAAUGACUUCAAAUCACUAGAUAAAGUCUCCAGAAACGUCCAGUCCAUCACAAUCGUUGGAGGAGGCUUCUUGGGCAGCGAGCUGGCCUGUGCCCUCGGCAGGAGAUGUAAUGAGUCUGACCUGGAGGUGAUACAGAUGUUCCCAGAGAAGGGCAACAUGGGAAAAGUGCUGCCUGAGUAUCUGAGCAACUGGACAACAGAAAAAGUCAAGAGAGAGGGAGUAAAAGUUAUCUCAGAAGCUUUAGUAAAAUCCGUGACCUGCAAGAAUGAUAAGUUAGAAAUCAAACUGAAGGAUGGCCGAAUGGUGAAAACUGAUCACAUUGUUGCAGCUGUUGGCCUGGAGCCUAAUGUUGACCUUGCCAAGUCAGCAGGUCUGGAGGUGGACUCUGACUUUGGUGGCUAUCGGGUCAAUGCAGAGCUGCAAGCCAGGUCCAAUAUUUGGGUGGCAGGAGAUGCUGCUUGUUUCUACGACAUCAGGCUGGGCCGCAGGCGGGUGGAGCACCACGAUCACGCCGUUGUGAGUGGUAGACUAGCAGGAGAGAACAUGACAGGAGCCAACAAACCCUACUGGCAUCAGUCUAUGUUCUGGAGCGACCUGGGUCCUGAUGUAGGCUAUGAGGCAAUUGGGAUCGUUGACAGCAGCCUACCAACAGUAGGAGUGUUUGCCAAAGCCACUGCCAAGGAUACACCUAAAGCUGCUACUGAGAAGUCUGGUACUGGGAUCCGCUCAGAAAGUGAAACAGAGGAUGUAGCCAUAAGCCCAGCAGCCUCUUCAACACCCCCCCCGCCUGCGCAGUCACACAAAGACGACUAUGGCAAAGGAGUCAUCUUCUACCUGAGAGACAAAGUGGUGGUGGGCAUUAUCCUGUGGAACGUCUUCAACAGAAUGCCAGUCGCAAGAAAGAUCAUCAAGGAUGGAGAGGAACACGUGGAUCUGAAUGAAGUGGCCAAGCUGUUCAACAUCCACGAGGACUAACAUGGUGAAGGCUGAGACUCAUUACAGGAGGGGAGUUAAGCCUCAUGUGAAGACUGAACUUUGGCAGUCAUUGCCACACACUUUCAGACACAACUGAUCAUGCAUACAGAGGGGAGGAUCAAUGUAAAUUACGUCAUGUUGCUGAAAUAUUUUCAUAUUUGGAAUCUGCUGCAUCAUUUUAUUUUUUUGUCUGUUUUUUUCUAUUCAGGAGAAAAUCAAUGUCUCAUCUUCUUGCUGCCACCACUCUUUUUGCUCAUGUUUUUGUUUUUCAAGUCAUGGUCAAAGUGUGAUUGUCUGUCCGCUUUUCUGCACCAGGCUGAUAAUGUUCAGCAUGGAUUAUUGUUGUGUUCCUCUGUGUGUGAUCAGAGCAGCUUGUCGUGAGAAAAGCUGCAAUAAAAGCUAUUUUUAAAUUGGA